AUGCUGGAACAGUUCCGCACUGGCUCUGAGUCUAAUGCUUAUGACCAUGCGUAUAAUGAGACUAUGAGCAGAAUCGAUCGCCAGAGUGCAAAUGCUUCUGACCUCGCGAAGAAGACCAUCGGUUGGAUCCUAAACGCCAGACGAACCCUGACCGUCGCAGAGCUGGAACAUGCGCUAGCGGUCGAGAUUGAAACGAGCGAAUUUGACGAGACGAACAUCACCAACAUCGAACAGUUGACUUCAUAUUGCUGUAGUCUAGUUACUGUGGACGAGCAAACGAGAAAUAAGACGUGGUUCCCCAAUAUUCACGAUCUCAUGGCGGAUAGUUGUUUGACAUACGUAUCAUAUGAUGUGUUUGAAGAUCGAUUCCAAACCGAAGCUGAGAUUGAAGGGAUUCCUCGCGAAUACCCCUUCUACAAUUACGCGUCCUACAAUUGGGGACAUCAUUUCCGAGAAGGGCCUGAGAUUUCAUCUAAUGCUCUAAAAUUUCUUCAGAGUCAGGCUAAAAUAUCCGCAUAUGAUCGUGAUCGCUGCGGAUUUGAACCAUUUACUGGCAUUGAGACACGCGGGGUAAAAACGAGUGAUGUAAAGGCAGAGCACAUUGCAGCAUUUUUCAAUCUCGAGCAUUUGAUGCAAGAACUUCUUGUAACAAAUCCCAACAACGUGGAUAUUCUUGACUCAAUUAAUAACACACCCCUAUUCUUUGCUGUAAUCCACGGCCAUGAGAUGGUAACCAAGAUGCUUCUUGACAGGGGAGCCCACACCGAUAUAAUAUGCGUGGAUGGCAUGUCACCAUUGCAUGCGGCUGCGUCGCAGGGUCAUGGAGCGAUUGCCAACCUUCUCCUAGAUAAUAAUGCUGAUAUUGAAAUCAAGAAUGGAAGCUCGGAAACUCCAUUAGAUACUGCUGCAUCUAAAGGCCAUGAUAUGGUGCUCACACUGCUGGUGGAUAGAGGCGCCAACAUUGAAUCUAAGUCUAACUGGGGAAGGACUCCAUUUGUUACAGCCGCAAAACGAGGGCAUACGACGACAGUCAAACUGCUUCUAAGUAUGGGCGCCAAUUUCAAAAGCACGAGUGAAUAUAGAGAAGGCGCUUCGAACGUUAUCGGCAAAAAUGGCGAAACACCACUACAUAAAGCCACUAGGGUCUUCCUACCUUGGCAGGUGAACAACGAAGGCGUAGUCAGGAUUCUCUUAGGCAGGGGCGCCAACACCGAAGCGAAGGACACGGAGGGGGAAACGCCACUACAUCGAGCUGCAAAAAGGGGUUACGAAAUACAAACCAAACAUUUGUUAGAUAGUGGUGCCAAUAUUAAGGCUAGACGAGACAGCGACGGCCUGACUCCAUUAUGCCUAGCUGCUUUCAAUGGCUCAGAAUCGACUGUGAAGCUUCUUCUGAACAGGGGUGCCUGUAUUGACCCAAAGUCCCACAGGAGACAAACGCCAUUACAAUUAGCAGCCAUGAAUGGCAACGAUAUGGUGGUUACGAUGCUCCUGAACAAUAGCGCCAACAUCGAUGGUAGUGAUCAAUUAGGUUACACCUCGCUAUCCUGGGCUGCAUGGAGUGGCCAUGAGAAGGUACUUAGACUGCUCUUAGAUAGGGGCGCUAAUCCGGAACCUCUUGGGACUGGACCACAACAGUUGCCCUUGGUGGAGGCUGAGGGUGGCCAUGAUGUGGCUGGUAGGGCUUUACUCAAACAUGGGAAUAAUCCUGAUUUGAAUUUCCUUGGUCGAACCCCUUUGCACAUAGCGAGCGCCGAAGGCCACAUAUCGGAAGCGAGUCUCCUUAUAACAGCUGGAGCGAGACCAGAUACCCCAGAUCGAUUUGGACGAACACCACUAUUUGCUGCUGUCUGCGGAGGCCAUCUAGACAUGAUUCAAUUCCUAAUCAGCUUACCAGGCGUUGAGAAAUGUUGCUCCGAUGUCUGGGGACUUACGCCGGCCAUGGUGGCCCAGCAGAGGGGAAUGCAUGAAAUCCACUCGCUCCUCUACGAAACAAGCGAAGCAGAAAAUUCAAACCUAGAAACUUGGGCUACAUUGCCAUCUAAGGAUUUGACGCUAUGA